GGUUGUACAUCGUCAUCACUAGGUCCCGCGACCUGUUUCGAGCCUCCAGGCCAAGUAAGCAAUCCGGCGGUACUUAUUAAUUACCUGCCACACAUGACGCCGACACCGAUUCCAGAAGACCACGAGCAUGAUCCAUUCAUGCGUCAGGCAUUAGAGCAGGCUGCGUUCUGCGAACCUGUACAGACAGCAUUCUGUGUAGGAUGCGUCCUUGUGGCGCGUUUGCCAGACUUAGAACCAAUUGUGUUGUCCAAGGGUUUCUCGAGGGAAUUACCAGGGAACACUCACGCGGAGGCAAAUGCUUUGGCCAAGUUUGAGAGUCUCACUUCCCCACAGCUGCAAUCUCUCGUUUCUCCAUGGCCAUUGGAAGCAGUACCUGUCGUAGAAGACCUUCUUCCUCUCGUAGACGUUUAUACCACUCUUGAACCAUGCUCAGUCAGAACAUCGGGCCUGUCUGCCUGCGCCGACGCCCUCAUUCAUGCCAGAAUCAGACGUUGCAUUAUAGGUGUACGAGAGCCAGAUGACUUUGUCAAAUGUGAGGGUGCACAAAAGAUGAAGGAUGUCGGUAUCGAGGUUAUCUGGUACGGCGGCUUAGAGCAAGAAUGCUUAGACGCUGCCCGCAGAGGUCAUCACACCUAGUCUAGUAUUGAGCACUCUCCCAAUGGCCUCCAACUAUCUCUGACCAGUAAUCAAUAACUUUCCUGGCGAGUUGCGUGUCCAUGAUAGCUGGGGCACUCUCGAUCGACAUCGUUAUUGUAUCCUCCAAAGGGUGUACAAUAAUUUCAACCAUAACAUCGUCCUAAAUUGCAAUUUAGUAUGGUCUCCAGGCGAGAAUUAUGUCAUGUAUCUGACCUGUAUAAGAUUCGACGUAGGG